CCAUUUAUACUUCUCAGUAGCAUCUCUGUGCACUAGAUCCCAUGCUUGUUUAUAGGCACACUGGCUUACUAGAGAGCUACCAUAACUUGGUCUUGAAGUAUGCAUCAAAGAGAACUUCUUGUAGGUACAAUGCAUUCAGAGCACGCUGUUUGCUGGCAGCAAUUGAUCAUAACCACCACAUCACUCGGGAAUACAAAGAGCACCAAAGUACUAGAGAAACAAGGUUCCACCGUAAAUACAACAAGUCAUCUGGCCAGUGGACAGUCACCAAAGUCAAAGUCAACAAAACAUACAGCUACUUACCUGAAUUGAUGAGAAGAUGCCUCCAGAUGCGAAUGUCAGCGACAGGGACAAUGGAUGACAGAACACAAAUCGCUGCAGAACAUCCUUGUCACAUUGCUCUUACAAUAGCUCCAAUACCACCACCUCCAACAGCAAAGUUAAUUCAGAGACAGAGUAGUCGUGCAGGUAAUCUGUUGAAAAGAUAAAGAUA